UUAACCCAAAGUGACUGUACACUGUACAGUACUGUUUGUGCAUUAACUAAUAACAUUGUUAUUUUUUUCAACAAACUCCUUAAAAAUGGAUUUAAAUGAAAUGCGCAUACAAUUUGAUAAUGCAAUUCUAUUAUUAAUUGAAUCGAAACGUAACGACAACAAUUUUUAGAUAUGCAAUCACAGAGUGUAAAUGAUUUCCGAUUUAUAAUGAAUUACCAAGACCAUCUAACAAAGUUCGUUGUACUUAAACCAUUAAAAACAAAACGUGCGGAAGAAGUUGCACAUAAUUUACUAGAUAUUUAUACAACAUUUGGAGCACCAGCCAUACUGCACUCAGACAAUGGAAGAGAGUUUGUUAAUAAUACUAUAAACGAACUUCAUGCUAUGUGGGGUGAUGUAAAAAUUGUUCAUGGAAAACCUCGACAUAGUCAGAGCCAGGGCUCUGUCGAACGCGCCAAUCGAGAUGUGGAGGAUAUGUUGGCUACAUGGAUGGCCGAGAACAAAAGUAGUGAUUGGCCGUCUGGAUUAAAAUUUAUACAGUUCCGAAAAAAUCGCGCUUUUCAUUCAGUUGGCAACUUCGCAUCUAAUUUCACGCGCAAUCGUAAAAAACAUAAUAUUACCUUUAUACAUUUAAUAAGAUAA